CCGGUAUUACUGCUUUGGGAUGAUCUGGCUGCACACUGGGCAAAGGAUGUGCAAGCUUGUGCGGUGGAGCUGAAUGUAGUUCUGGUGCCUGUGCCUCCGGGCUGCACGAGUGUGUGCCAGCCCGCCGAUAUCAGCUGGAACAGGCCCCUGAAAGCUCGUCUACGGGGUCGUUGGUUGGAGAAUCUCCAAGCUCAACUCAGCGCUCCUCGCCUCCUUGGUGUUAAGUUCAAGCUUGCAGCUCCGAAGCGA